AUGACGACCCCCAAGAUCCCCGGCAUGACGCCAAACACAUUCCCCUUCUCCCCCGCGCUACUCGGUCAGUCGCCGGCCGCGCACCAGCUCCUUAGCAAGCACCGCUCGCCCGCGCCCCUCCAACCUGGCUUCAGCACCCCCGAAGCCAUCGCCAACAUGGGUAUCGGCCUGACGCCCAACGCCUCCUCGGCGGGCAAUCUGGGCAUCCCGCAGAUCAAUAUGGCCGGCAUGAACAUGCCGUCGGACGAGAGCAAGAAGCGCGAGCUGGCCGAGAUACUACGCCUGCUGGCCCUGAGGCCUGGGAGGAUCUCGGAGGAGGGGGUGGAGAGGCUGGCGAAACGCAUGGGCCUGGAAUGCUAUAAAGAUACUACGAUACCCGGCGUGACCACACUGUCUCUCGCGGCAAAGAUCUUCCUCCUCGAUAUCGACUUCCGCGACUCGCAGAUCCCGCGUGUGACUCUCUCCUUCGCACACACCCCCGGCCCCUCACAAGAGCUCGCCCACCUCGCAGACGCAAUCCUGCACAAGAACCUCAGCCCGAACCCGAAGGAGCACCCCCCACUGAUACCGCCCUCGCUCUCCGCCUUCGCAGACAACCUAAACCGCCUCGCAAAGACCGACCGCCUCAGUGCCCCGCCACAUCUCAACUGCUUCACGGCAAUAACAGGCCUCUACACCUCCCUCUCGAAGAUCUUCGCCCACGAAUCCACAACCCUCGAAGGCGGCGCCGCCGCCGCAACCUGCAAAGGCACCGGCCGCCCACGCAUGCACGCGCGCUCCAAAGUCGGCCUCAGCAUCGACUACUGGCAAGAGCACCGCUUCACCGCCGCCGCCCCCACCUCCGAAGAAGACGAGCCAAAAACCUACCGCGUCCUCAUCGAGGUCGAAGAGCUCCCCACAGACUUCACGCACAUCAACCCCAUCACCCCUGUGCGCACCUCCUCCGAGUGGGUCUCGGACGAGAUCAAGAAGCCCAGCGACUCCACCGACAACCUCUUUGGCGACUCGCCCGACUCGGACAUCACCGACUGGCUCGACCCGCCGCUCGAAGAGCUGCUCGAGACGCCCGUGCCCGCGCGCUUCGUCGCCGUGCUCGACCCCCCGGUGCCCAUCCCCUUCGUCGACGAGCUCCACCUCUUCAACGCACUCAUGCUCGCGCCGCCGCCAGGCGUCAACGCGGACACCCUCGAGGCCCUGCUCUUCCCCGGCGCCGGCGCAACACCGAACACGCCGCUGCAGGCCACGCGCCAGGUGUUUGGCCCCGAGUCCGGCGAAGGGGCUGCCCCAGCGGUGCAUCGGUAUCGGCUCCACACGGGGCAUAGACCGGUGUAUUCACGCUUUGUGAGCGAGGUGCCGUUCUCGCAUCCGAAGGAGCUGGUGGGCGUAUUCCAGAUACUGCGCCAGUUUGCGUUUGUGGGGACGCUGCUGCGCAGCUGCUUUGACCCUCUUGCGCCCGCGCCUGCCACGGCGGCGCAGGACGGGGGCGACGGCGGCGAGGAGGGGGGUGAGGAUGGGGAUGAUCUGGACGCGUUUAUGAGCGAUGUAAAGCCGGAGGCGGGGCCGGCGGCGGCGCUGAAGGUGGAUCUGUCGCUGGCGAGCGGGCAGGGCGGCGGCGCGUUUGGCGUGGGGGUGAUUUUCCCGGCGGAGGAGAGGGGGCUGGUGAGUUUUGGGGUGGAGGUGGGGAGGAAUGCGGAGGUGAGGGUGGUGGGUGUGGGGGAUGUGGAUGCGGUGGGGGUGGAGAGGGCGGUGGUUGUGGCGGAGGAUUUGGGCGUGGUGGUGGAGUGGGUGAGGAGGGGGGGGAGGUAG